AUGGGAAGAAAACCGUCGUCCAUAAUUCCAGAAGAAGAAGUAGACGAAGACGAAGAAGACAGUAAAUUGUUGUUUCUAUUAAAUUUUCUAAAGUCAUUACCUAUUAAGAAAAUUUGGAUUGUCAUGAUUGUAUUUGCUAAUUUGUUUGUGUUUAUUAGUUUUCAAUUAUUUUAUGCCAAGUUUGCCCAUGGAUUUCCUGGAGUUAUACCUUUAAAAGCUAGAUCCCCCGAGGGUUUACAUACAGUUGAUCUCAGCAAGUUGAUCGACAGUCAAGAGAACAAAAAGAUAUUUAGCCAGAUGAAGUUUUCCGAUCAAGCAUUCUAUGAUACAACUGACAAUGUUGUGGGAACCACCGAGUUUACUGAGUUUAAUCAAUAUCAAAGACAACCCUAUGUUGCUAAUGGAUACAUUGGAAGUAGAAUCCCAAAUAUAGGACAAGGAUUUGCCUAUGAUCAACUUUCCAAUUCACUGGAAGCAAAUGAAGAUGAUUUGUCUAACGGUUGGCCCUUAUUUAACAAGAGAUAUGCAGGUGCAUUCAUCGCUGGGUUUUAUGACAUACAAAAGAAUACUACUGGUACAAAUUUCCCUGAGUUAUUAGAGAAUGGUUAUGAAAGUGUCAUUGCUGCUGUACCACAAUGGACAAGUUUAUCAUUAAGUGUUGAAAUAGAUGGACAAGUAUAUAUAUUAGAUCCAGCUUUGGAUCUGCAAGAUAUGGGAGGUAUCUCAAACUAUGUCCAAAACUUGUCCCUUAGUGAUGGAAUAGUUUCAACUCAAUUUACUUGGUUGAACAAGCUUAAUGUGAAAUAUGAGGUGUUGGCUCAUAGAACAAAUAUAAACUUGGGAUUAGUUGAUUUGCAGAUUUCAAAUAUCGGGAAUGAAAAUUUAGAGUUAACCGUAACUGAUCUGCUUGAUUUCAACACAUCUCAGAGAUGUCAAUUAAAUGAUGUCUCCACUGAUGAUCAAGGGAUUUCCAUCACCUUCCUGCCUCAUGAUUUGGAUUAUAUCCAUGGCGCAAUAUAUUCAAAAUUGGUAUUAGAUGGAGAAAUAACAAGAGAAGUUCAAACUUAUGAGAAAGUUACUCAGUCAUCUAAAAUUACAAUUGGGUGCAAUUCAAAUAUCAAAAUUUCAAAAUUUGUUGGUGUUGCAUCAUCUGAUUUGCAACCGGAUCAAUUGAAAACAUCUGAUGACGUUUUACAAUUAGCCAAGAGUGUUGCACAAGAAUGUCAUAAUGCUGAACAAAUUAUUGAUUCACAUAAGCAAGCUUGGUCAGAGGUGAUUAACAAUGGUCCGUUGGUAACAUUUCCAAGCGAUCCGUUACUCAAUUUAGGUGCCAGAGCAUCUGUAUUCCAUUUAUUGGCAAAUACUAGACCUGAUGCGCAAGGCGUUACUGGUGCUUUAGGUGUUGGUGGUUUGAGUUCUGAUAGUUAUGCUGGUAUGGUAUUCUGGGAUGCCGAUUUAUGGAUGUUGAAUGGUAUUUUACCAUUCGCUCCUAGUCAUGCAAAGAGUUUGAUUAACUAUAGAUUACAUACCCGUCAACAAGCAAUUGAAAAUGUUCCCGAGGGAUACCAAGGUGCAGUUUAUCCAUGGACAAGUGGAAGAUUUGGUAACUGUACUGCAACUGGACCUUGCUUGGAUUACGAAUAUCAUAUAAACAUGGCAGUUGCAAUGGCUGCUUGGCAAUUAUAUAUUAGUGGUGCUGCUGAUGAUUUGUAUUUGGAAACUAUUGCUUAUCCAAUAAUCUACGAUGCUGCAAAUUUCUUUUCUGACUAUGUUGUUAAUUUCAAUGAUUCACUCAAUAAAUACACUACAUCCAAUUUAACUGAUCCAGAUGAAUAUGCUAACCAUGUUGAUAACGGUGCUUAUACAAAUGCGGGUAUUGCAUUAGUUAUGAGAUGGGCUCAAGUAAUUGGUGGUCAUUUAGGUAAAGUUGUUCCUCAACUAUUUCAAGAUAUCGAACAGAAUAUCUUUCUUCCAACAGCCAACAAUUCACAGAAUAUCACUCUUGAAUAUUCCGGCAUGAAUUCCUCAGUAGGGAUCAAACAAGCUGAUGUUAUAAUGAUGACGUAUCCACUUGAAAAUGAAUUGAUUGAUGAUGAGCAAGCAUACAUAAAUAUGGAAUUUUACUCCAUGAAACAAGUCAGUUAUGGACCAGCAAUGACAUUUCCAAUUUUUUCUGUAGUGGCAGCAAAUUUAGCACCAACAGGAUGUGCAUCUCAAUCUUAUUUACAAAAGGCGAUACAACCAUUUUUGAGAGGACCAUUUGCCCAAUUCUCCGAGCAAAAUAAUGAUAAUUAUUUAACAAAUGGUGGUACUCAUCCUGCGUUCCCAUUCUUGACCGCUCAUGGAGGGUUUUUACAAGCAACUUUACAAGGAUUGACUGGUUUAAGAUAUGAUUAUGAUAUUGAUGAGAAUGGUAAAUUAGUUAGAAUAUUACGAUUAGAUCCUAUUGGUUUACCAUGUCUUGAAGAAGGAGUUAGUUUUAAUGGAAUUCAAUAUGACAAUCAUACAAUUUCCAUGUCUAUAAACCAAACUCAUUUUACAAUUACAAACAAAUGUAAAACCAAUCCAAAUGCAAAUGAUCACAUUACUAUUUUAUUAGCGGAGAGAAACCCUGAUAAUGGACAAUAUGUAAUCAAUGAUGGUGAAACUAAAUCAUUUGCAUUAUUCAAACCAGACAUUAGUUUUCCAGAUUCAAUAUCUGAAUGUGGCCAAGCACUGUUUUAUAAUGUUACUGAAGGUGCAUUUGGUGAUGCUUCAAUUCUGAUCAAUGAUGGUGACAAUACAACAAGAUGGCAAGUCAAAUAUAAUGAUACUGUUGGAAAAGUUAUUGUUGAUUUUAAAUCUUUUAAAAAUAUAUCAGGAGUUACUUUCAAUUGGGCUGAUAAACCACCAAUUAAUGUGAAAUUAUCCAAAUAUUCAGGUGAUCAAUUCACUUCAAUAGUUGAUUUCUUUGCUAAAGUUGAUUUUGGAAAUGAAUUAUAUAAUAGUUACAAAUAUGCAAAUCCAGAAGAUCAUAUAUUUAAUCAAAGUGAAGUUUUUGAAGAAAUUCAUUCAGAAUCAGUAACUAUUUCAGCACCAUUUGAUAACAAAGAAUACACUCAAGUGUUGGUUCCAACAAGACACAAUACAACUUCAAUAGAUUUAAAUUUAUCCACACGAUUCUUGUUGAUCGAGGUGGAUAAUAUUCACAAUACAGUUCCUAUAGAUGAUGAUUAUGGUGGUGCAAAACUUGCAGAAGUUGUAUUUUACUAA